GAAUUUCGAACAGUGAUGCCAUUUAUGGCGUAAAUAUCGUGCAAAAUCGUAAUAUUUUUUAUUGCAAAAAAACAUAAAAAUAGAUACGCGCCAUAUAUAUUCGUAAAUUGGAAUCAAAAUUGGUGCACGUUUUCGGAAAAGCCGCUCUUCUGAACAUUUACCAAACAUACAUUUUUGUUUGCGUUGUUGAGAACUUAACCCGCUAUUAAACCGAUAGGUGGCCUGCAGGCUUUAAUAUUUUAAGAAAUAAUUUGCAGAGUCCAGCUACGUCAGUUCGUUGACAAAUGUAGUGUCAAACAAUUAUUAUUAGUGAAUAUAUUAUUGGCGGUAAAGGUAAAGGUUGUAUGGAAAGUAAUAAACAUGGAUACCGAGCUCCCAUUAAGCCGCAUAAGGACAAUUAUGAAGAGUUCAUUGAAUACUGGGCAAAUAACAAAUGAAGUACUUUUUCUUAUGACCAAAUCUACAGAAAUGUUCAUUCAAAAACUAACAGAGGAAGCUUAUGGUAGAAUGAAGGAUGAUAACACACUGAAAUAUAAACAUUUAUCGCAAUAUGUGCAAAAAGAGAAGAAUUUAGAAUUUUUGUUGCAAAUUGUUCCAGCCAAAAUUAAAGUUAAAGAUUUCAAAAAUAUACUGGAAAUAGGAGAUGGAAACUCAUCAUCAGAGAGUGAGGAUGAAAGACAGAUGAAGUAAUUUCCCUGAAGCUGAUUAAGGAUGAAACUAUUUUUAAUAUUUAAUUUAUAAAUGUAUAAUAAGAGACAGGUUUUAUAACUAAUAUACCGGCAGAUAUGUAAUUAUAAUUUUAUACUCGGAAUGUCA